AUGGACCCCUCAGAACCAGGCACCUCCCAGCCCCCCAUCAUAAACUACAUCCUCUCAUUCCUUCUGGUAGGAGUCGCCUGGGGAUUCACGACCCCCUUCAUCCGCCGCGCCGCCGCGGACUUCUCCGCCCGCCAGGAACAGCAACAAGCAGCCGCUUCCACCAGCAGCAGCAGCAACCAACCAAACAACAACAAUAACAAUGACAAUGAUAACGAGGAAGAAGAAGAAGACCACCCCCUCCCCCCCGCAAACACAACCACAUCCACCCCCGAACAACAACCCGCCUGGAUGCGCACGCGCACGCGCAACCAAAGCUGGAUCCGAACCAAACUCACCUCCAUCAUCUGGACCGUCAUCAAUCUUCUCCGCACCCCCGCGUAUUCCAUCCCCCUGGUGGUGAAUCUCACCGGCAGUGUGUGGUUCUUUUUGUUGGUGGGGAAACAUGAAUUGUCAUUAACUGUCCCCCUCGCGAACUCCAGUGCAUUUCUGUUCACUGUGCUCGGGGAAUGGUAUGUGGAGCGGAAGGUCAUUGAGAAGGAGACGUGGUUGGGGAUGGGGUUGGUGUUGGGGGGGAUUGCGCUUUGUGUGGGGUCGAAGGCUUGA